AAGAAGAAACCUGACCUAAAGGCUGUCUGUCUAUUCCCUCCACAGAUGCUGCCUGACUCAUUGAGUUCCUCCAGCAUUUUGUGUUUAGCAAAAGGUUACGCAUCUGCAAUGUCUUAUAUCUCCAUUUCAUUUUUUUUUUAUUUUGAGUGUUGUCGAUCAAAGCUCAAUGAAAAUAAAUCCAUCGCAAAUCCAAAAAUAAAAACUGUAAAUUAAUUUGGAAACGGCAGUCAAAUAAACUUCAUGUAGAAUAAGCAAAGCAAAGUUCUGACUAGUACUAACAUGUGCAGUCUUAUUCUUAAUGUAAUCAACAUUUCCAACUACAUGUGACAUAUGUGGGAGUUUUUCCAACUCAUUACGUUGUGGUAAAAGAAUGCACUGGAAAGAGGAAGAGAGAAGGGGAUAGAGCAAAAAGCUGUUUUCAGUUGGAAAGGCGUUUAGGAAGAAGCAAUAUGUCUCUGAACUAUGCUGAUAGUGUCCUGUUUUUGAAGGAUUAACUUAAGAAGAAACUAUUGUUUGAAACCAGUGACCACACGAUACAGAAAAGAACAAACUGCUUUCUUAACCAAAUGUCUGAAAUAGUUUCUGGUGCAUGCUAGCUGAGAGUUUCUAAUUUUAUACAUCGCUGCAGCUAAACUGAACACACGGCUACAAUCUGGUGUGAUAAUGCUCUGGCUGCUUCUACUUGCCUGCUUUACAUCCCAUGCUGCCAAUCAACUCCCAACAAACCAGAAGUCAUCCAUUACAUUUGAUCCUUCCCAGCUAAUUUGUAGUGCACCAGGACCUCCAGGGGCACCGGGGCCUCCAGGUUAUCCUGGAUCUGCAGGUCCUAUUGGAAGAAUGGGAUUGCCUGGAAAAGAUGGUGUGGAUGGGAAAGAUGGUCAGAAGGGAUACAAAGGAGAAGAAGGUGACAGAGGAAAUCAAGGACGAAGCGGAAAAUCUGGCACGAAGGGGAUACGGGGAGCUAUUGGCAAACUAGGCCCCCGAGGACCAAGGGGUCUUAAAGGCACUCAAGGUAGUGCGGGAAUACAUGGACCAAAAGGUACAGAUGGAAACAAUGGAGCACCUGGUUUGCCUGGAAUCUGCAAAUGUGGCAUUAACACAGCAAGAUCUGCCUUCUCCGUAGCCAUCACUUACAGCUUUCCCAAGGAACGCAUGCCUAUCAAAUUUGAUAAAGUUCUUUUAAACGAAGGAGGACACUACAAUGUUUCCAGUGGCAAAUUUAUAUGUGGUAUACCUGGCAUUUAUUAUUUUUCCUAUGAUAUCACCUUGGCAAAAAAGCAUCUUGCUAUUGGGCUGGUGCACAAUGGCCAAUAUCGUAUAAAGACGUUUGAUGCUAACACCGGCAACCAUGAUGUGGCUUCUGGUUCAACUAUCAUGUACCUAAAACGGAAGGAUGAAGUUUGGCUGCAGAUAUUCUAUUCUGAACAGAAUGGCUUAUUCUACGAUGCUCACUGGGCAGAUAGUUUAUUCACCGGGUUUAUGAUUUAUGUUGAUCAGGACUAUCUUAAUGAAAUUGAAGAAGAACAAAUCUUCUAGAAAGCAUGCACUUUGUACCAUGAACAUUAGAUGUUGAAAGAUACUACAAUAGACUUAGUUCAACACCUUUCUAAAUAUCCUGUUCUGGAUUUUACUCUAAGUGAUAUGUUCAUAGUCUAAUAAAGUAACAUCUCUAUUAAAAUGGAGACAGAAUAAUGUCACAAGAAACCAGUAAUUGUAAGUAACAUGCUCUCUGGUGGGUGCAUUGACAAUGUUACAUUUACUGCCCACACUGGUUAGCCCAGAAAGUGACGAUGGGUUGUUAAGAUAUUUUUCAAAGCAAACUGGUUUGCUAGGCUGCUUGAGAGGGUGCAGAAUCUGCCACUGGAUAUGGCCUGAACCAUUUGUAGAUCUGGCUAGGUCUUUGAAUUUCACCUGAAAAAAAAUAGUGGAGCUAUUUAGAAUUUUACCACAUUUUGGCAGCUUUCAAGCUAAUUCAUUCUAAAAUAACGGUCAUUCUUAAAUAAUCUUCUUCCAGCAACAAUCGCAGUUCAGUAGAGUUUGUGCACUCUCUGCUUUACUUAUUUUAGCUAUGUUGGGCUGCAUUGAAUAGAUUGCAUGACAAACACAACACCUGACUUUAAAAUAAUUGAUUUGAGGAGCACGGGAGGUGGGAUGGAGGAACAGGUGGUUAGUACUUGGGUCUAAAAUCAGGAACACAGUGAGGUCAUAAGGCCCAUUCAGCCCAUUGCAUCUACUACACCAUUCAAUCAUGGCUGAUCUAUUGCUCCCUCCUAACCCCAUUCUCCAGCCUUCUCCCCAUAACCUCUGACACCUAUACUAAUCAAGAGGUACCUGCUCAUGUGUUUGUGCUGCGCUCCAUUUCAAUUCCUUGGAUUUUGGAGAUAUGAGGUUCAUCAGAAGUCCUCAGAAAAAUUCAAUAUUUGGGGUUCUGUGAUGUAUUUUGGUGCAUUGUGUUUAUUGGAUUUUAGAGAGGAAUCACCAGAGAUUCCAUGUGACAAAUAGAAGCAGAGCUAAACAAGGCCAACAAAUAAACCGUAAACGUAUCUUGUCUGGGCUUUAUUCUUCACAUCUCCAACAGCAACUACCUUCAUUCUCAUUUGCCUGCCACUAUUCCCUAACCGCUGACCUAAUAUUCUUAUCUGCCAGCUAAUUGGCAUUUCCAAAGGUAAUCCAAUCAUCAUAGACAUGAGAGUGAAUUUAGAAGAUUAAAUCCCCCCAGACUUCAUGUAACACAAAGAGUCAAGAGUGUUUUAUUGUCAUGUGUCCUGAAACGGAACGAUUACAUUCUUACUUGCAGCUGCACAACAGAUAUGGAAACAUAUUAAUCUGUAAACCUUAUAGUAAACAACAAAAAUUCAGUAUACUGUAUAUUUUAAAAAUCUAACAGACAAAUAAAUAGACCACAGGAGUGCAAAGUCAAAAAUAAUGUCUCCAAGUCUAUACAGUUUUUAGCCUAUUGGGAGGUUGUAGUGUUUAAUAGGCUGAUGGUUAUAGGGAAGAAGCUGUUUCUGAACUUGGAUGUUACAGUUUUCAGGCUCUCCUAUACCUUCUUCCUAUGGCAAGAGUGAAAUGAGUGUGUGGCCAAGGUUCUAGGGGGUCUCUGAUGAUGCUGGAUGCUUUUUUGAGGCAACAACUCCUGUAGAUUCCUUCAAUGGUGGGGACGUAAGUACCCAUGAUGGACUGGGCAGUGUUCACUACUUUUUGCAAUCUUCUUCAUUCUUGGGCAUUCAAGUUGCUGAACCAGGGUGUGAAACAACCAGUCAAUAUGCUCUUCACUGUGCAGCUGUAGAAGUUCAAGAGAGUAUUUGUUGGCAUACCCAUUACCAGGGCGUAAUCUGGCAAUACAUCCAAACAACUAUACCUUGUAUUUGGGGCUGCAAACCUAAAGAUCAUACGUGAACUGCUAAAUUCAAGAUUCAAGUUUCUAUUUUGAAAAAUACACAACAAACAUUCCCUUAAGCUCAAUAUAACUUGAAUGGGAUAUAUAAACAUGGCACAAUACUCACAAACUGAAUAUCAGCCACAAACAGAAUCAGGUUUAGUUUAGUUUAGAGAUACUACGCCGAACAAGCCCUUUGGCCCAUCAAGUUCGUACCGACCAGCUAUCCCCCACCACCACUAUCCUACACUAGGGACAACUUUUACAUUUAUACCAAGCCAAUUAACCUACAAAUCUGUAUGUCUUUGGAGCGUGCGAGGAAACUUAAGUACUCUGAGAAAACCCACGCAGGUCAUGGGGAGAACGUAAAACUCCGUAGAGAAGCAUCCGUAGCCGGGAUCGAACCCGGGUCUCUGAUGUUGUAAGGCAGAAACUCUACUGCGGCGCCACCGUGCCGCCCACAGUGUGUGAGACUAAUACACCUUUGGUAGAUUUAUUAAUUUAAACUUUUUUUUUUAAAAAUCCCCAAAUGGACUGCAUAAUGCUUUGUAUCAACCAAAUUUUGAACUAUUUUCUACUUGUAUAGAAAUCUUGACUAUUAGCUGUUAUUCUAGCUUUACUACAUUGUAUUAAAAUAGAUUAUAAUAUGUAGGUAUGAUGCUAUUUACUUGAUGUGAUGCUGCUUUCAUUUGUGUAUGUUCUAAAAUCAGGAUUUUUUUGUAUUGGAGAUCUGUAAUUUGGAAUCGUUAGAUUACAAAUUAUAUCCAUCAAGUUGGGCAAGUUGGCAUCGUUGUCUGAGGGCAUAAACAUUUUGAAACUUGAAAUAAAAACAUAUAAUU